UUAUUAUUAUUAUCAUUAGGUUUGAUUUUUCUGAUCCUAAUCUACCCAAGAAGAGGGUUUUCCCCUUCGUAUCAGUCACACCCACUCAUACAGGUGUUCUUCAUUCUAUUGCUGUGUACUGGAGUAUCAGUAUGCCCCAGGGGGUGGAGCUUAGCAUGUCGCCAUGGCAACAAGAUCAUCAAUGGCGUGAUCAUUGGUUGCCUUGUGUUCAGAUAUUAAGUGAUCCAAUCAACAUUAAUAAAGGUGAAGUCGUGAAUAUUCAAUUAGUUAAUGAUGAGUUUACACUAUGGACUGUCAUUGAAAACAAUAUUAAUUUCUCUCCCCAUUCUCCUCCAUUGUGUUCCUGUGGAGUCCACAUGUCCUUCAGUAGAGGAAGACUAAGAAUGAUUAAUGAUAAGGAGAGGAAUGAAAGGAUCAACCAAUCACUGGGAGAGCUGUUAGUUGGUAAAUCUACUGUUCUUUGUGUUGGUGAUGGUUCAUUUCUUCCAUUAUUUUGUGCUAAUUAUAAAUCAGUUAAAAAGAUAUUCUCAGUUGAGAGCAAUCAUCACUCCUUCAGUACAAUGGAACAAAUCAUAUCUUGUUCCUCACUCUCAGACUCCAUUAGUUUAUUGUCUGUUGAUCCUAAUGACAUCACGCCCACUCACUUAAUUGGACACUCUAUUGAUGUCCUGUUAGCUGAACCAUUCUUUGUUUCCAUGACGUUGCCAUGGCACUCUCUUUACUUCUGGUAUGUACGGACUGCACUAGAUCCUCUUCUGUCGACUGAUUGCGCAAUAACCCCAGGCUCCGCCCACUUAAUGGGAAUAGCCGUUAAAUUUGAAAACCUUCAUCUAUUAAAACAUUCUCUUGGAAAAGUUGAAGAAUUUUACUUAACCCCAUAUGAUGAUGCAGUAAUGGAAAGUAUUCCUGAUAUUAAUAAGUCCUUGCCCCCUGAGGAUUAUUCACUGUGGGAAUAUCCCUCCUACCCCCUCAGCGGGGUCCAGACACUAAUGAAAUUUGACUUUACAUCACCGGUUCCAAAAGACACAAUAUUGAGAGAGAAAGGAAG